GUUAAACUGUCGUCUAGUUGAAGUUCCAACUGCUUUGUCAGUGUGUAAUUGUAAAGAUGUGGAUUCAUUGUACAUGUGUAUCAGCAAACGGUACACUGAGUAAGAAAAUUCUGUUAUCAUCAGAUAAAACUAUGUACAACGUACUUUCAUUUCCAUUAAUAAGCAAGCACCAGAUGUUUGCGAGGUGUCAUUCUGCUAAAGGUGCUUAUGUGUUUGUAAGGUUCCGAAUAGGUACUUCCUAACUUUGUCGCACAAUUGGAGAUUUAUUUUUUUGAUUAUGCUCUUGGCGUCAUAAGAAUUUCACCGUUCGGUGAGUAUGACAAUGCUGCGUACACAAACCUACAGGGCACAGAAUUUAAAGACACGCACCUUCUUUUGGGACAGAGUCACGUAUCAGUGUUACCACUCGCGAUAUUGCAUAGCACGGGUUUUUCGUAUCCUAUAUGUAUGCGUGUACUGAAAAGAUAUUGUGUGAACUGAUACACUGUAAACAGACGUGUAUUUGUAAAGAUUUUUCAGCGUGGUAGCAUAUAUGAGUGUAAGUGAACUGUUGUAUAUAUUUAUUCAUGUGAACACGCGGUAUAUGUGCAGUAGGUAAGUGUUAGUGAAUUAUAUUCGUAUGUAUUUUUGUAUGUUCACACCCGAUAUAUGUGCAAUUGGUACGUGCUAGUGAAUGUGUGUAAAUCCCAGAUAUAGGAACCUCAAUUACACAUGUGCACUUUUAAAUGUACAUAGGUGAGUUUAUACGCAUACAUACAUACAUAGAAAUGGGAGAGAAUAACGCUUACAGUUUUGCAUUUAAAACCUGGUUGAGAAAUCUCGAAUCCUAAAUCAAGCUCUGCACGCAUCGAACCUCAUAGUAAUGGGAGAAAUCAUCGUUGGGGUUUUCCAUAAUUUCGCGUGUAUAUCCAUUUUAAUCCGAGACUUCGCUUUCGUGCUUUUGCUCCUCACCGUGCACACCAAGGGGCCACGCACCGACUAGUUGGCAAAUAUGCUGAGUUGUAUCAAAAGAGAGGGUGUGUGACUAUCACCACUACAGCCUCAACCGCGGCGGUCAUGCAGUCGGUUAUGUUUUCUGGCAUGAACCCCUUGCAGAAACUAGGAGCUUCUCUAAUAAAUGGGGCAGCCAGCUCCAUCAAUCGAGUAGAAGAAAUGGCCGACAACAACAAAGUGCCCCUGAUCGUACAUGCAUUCAGCAAUGGAGGCACAGUCGUGGUGGAGAGCAUAGAAGCCUUAAUUCACGAAAACAGUACGAAGUUAGAAUGCACGGAUUACGAGCCUAGCACUGUGAUUGAAGAGACAGACACAAAGCAGCAAAAGGAUACACAAUUAUUCGCCGAUCGUCUUCAACUUGGCGGUCAGGUGUUUGACUCGGCCCCUUUGGCGAUGCACAUGCAGGCUGGGACUUCCACUAUAGGUCAUGCGGUAACCGAUAAUGCUAUAUUGAGACUGGGUGUACAAGUGGUGUUCAGCACUGCUGCUAAACUAAUUGCUGUGCUAGCUGAGACUACUGACUCUAUUAUGAGAGGUACUCUGUUCUGGGAGCAUAUGCAACAGAGCAAUCUGGGGUGUAAACAGUACUAUAUUUAUAGUGUGGAUGAUUAUCUGACCGAUGUAAAAUUCUUAGAUGAGCUGAUCACAUACCGCAGAGAGAAAGGUGUGGAAAUAACGGCUAUCAGGCUAGAGUCUAGUCCCCAUGUGCAACAUUUGAAGUAUCAUCCGGAAGUUUAUAAUAAAUUUGUGGAUGGCAUACUGGAAGAGGCGCGGAUGCGCGCUCUAAUUUAGCUGUCAUCAACGUUCUUUGUGCG